AUGUUGCGGAGAUUCUCUACCCAGUUCAAGAGGAAUAAGGAUUCCAAGGAUACGAAUGGCGACGCCGAACAGCCCAAGAGCUCCAAGGAGACCAGCAAGCGCUUCUCCAAGGCUGCGCAGCCCACGCGCAAGGCUACUUCCCAUGAGGACAAGCACCAACCUGUGAACCGGGCCGAAGUCGUCGCUGUUUUCGAGAAGUAUGCGCAGGCCAUUCACGCCUCGCGCGAGCCAUUGCCUAACCAGACUGGUGAUGGUACCUAUCUAAAGCAUGACCAGUCCUCCGGUCUGUUCAAUGACAUCAAGUCGCUCGGUUUCCGCGAUCUCAACACCGUCAAGGACCUGAUCAAGAACAAGGCCUCGGGCGAACUGAUCGAUGACAAGACCUACCUUAUGGAGCGCAUCAUUCAGCUUGUCGCCGAUAUGCCCGGCCACUCCAAGAACCGUACCGAGCUCACUAACCAGUUCCUGGAUGAGCUUUGGAACUCUCUCCCUCACCCCCCUCUCUCUUACAUGGGCGACGACUACAAGUACCGCUCCGCCGAUGGCUCCAACAACAACCCUACUCUUCCCUGGUUGGGCGCUGCUAAUACCCCCUACUGCCGCACCAUUCCUCCCUUGACCAUCCAGCCCACCGGUUUGCCCGACGCCGGUCUGAUCUUCGACAGUCUCUUUGCUCGUCAAGAGUUCACCCCCCACCCCAACAAGGUGUCUAGUGUUUUCUUCGACUGGGCCUCUCUCAUCAUCCACGACAUUUUCCAGACCGACUACCAACAACAGCACCUGAACAAGACCUCUGCCUACCUUGAUCUGUCCAUUCUGUACGGUGAUGUCAAGGAACAGCAGGACUUGAUCCGUUCUCACCAGGGCGGUAAGCUGAAGCCCGACUGCUUCUCCGAGGGUCGUCUGCAGGCCCUCCCCGCUGCCUGCGGUGUCCUCCUGGUCAUGCUUAACCGUUUCCACAACCACGUUGUGGAGCAGCUUGCUGAGAUUAAUGAGAAUGGUCGCUUCACCAAGCCUAAGGAUGAUCUGCCUGAGGAGAAGGCUAAGAAGGCUUGGGCCAAGUAUGACGAGGACCUGUUCCAGACCGGUCGUCUGAUUACUUGCGGUCUGUACAUCAACAUUACCCUGUACGAUUACCUCCGCACGAUUGUCAACUUGAACCGCACCAACUCUACCUGGUGCCUGGACCCCCGUGCCCAGAUGGAGAAGGCUGGUGCUACUCCCUCCGGUCUCGGCAACCAGUGCUCUGUCGAGUUCAACCUGGCCUACCGCUGGCACUCUACCAUUGCCCAGGGUGAUGAGAAGUGGAUCGAAGAGGUCUAUUUCGAUCUCAUGGGCAAGCCCGCUGAGGAGGUUAGCAUGCACGAGUUGCUGAUGGGCAUGAAGAAGGUUGAUAGCUUGCUCGACCCCGAUCCGUCCAAGCGUACCUUUGCUCGCCUGCAGCGCCAGGAGGAUGGAACCUUCAAGGAUGAGGAGCUUGUAAAGAUCCUCACAAACGCUUGCGAGGAUGUUGCCAGCUCUUUCGGUCCCCGUAACAUCCCCAAGGCCCUCCGUUCUAUUGAGAUCCUCGGUAUCGAGGCUUCUCGUAGGUGGCACGUUGGUUCCCUCAACGAGUUCCGUAAGCACUUCGGCCUGAAGACUUAUGAAACUUUCGAGGAGAUCAACUCCGACCCCGAGAUUGCCAACAACCUGCGCCACCUGUACGAGCACCCCGACUACGUCGAGCUGUAUCCCGGUAUCAUUUGCGAGGAACCCAAGGAGCCCAUGAUCCCCGGUGUCGGUAUCGCCCCGACCUACACCAUCUCGCGUGCUGUGCUGUCUGAUGCCGUCGCCCUGGUCCGUGGUGACCGUCACUACACCGUUGACUACAACCCUCGUAACCUGACCAACUGGGGUUACAACGAGUGCCGCUACGACCUGAACAUCAACCAGGGCUGUGUCUUCUACAAGCUGGCUACCCGUGCUUUCCCCAACUGGUUCAAACCUGACUCUAUCUACGCUCACUACCCCAUGACCAUCCCCACCGAGAACCGCAACAUCAUGAAGAACUUGGGUCGUGAGCAGGACUACUCCUACGACCGCCCCUCGUUCACCCCGUCGCGCAUCAACCUAACCUCUCACCAGAACGCCAAGCUGGUCCUGGAGAACCAGAAGGACUUCAAACCGGCGUGGAGCGGUGCUAUGGCGGAGCUGUUCGGCAAGGGCGAGUUCGAUGCUCAGCAGCGUGAGGCUAUGGGCCAUGCCUUCAGCGCCGAGGACUUCCCUACCUUGGUUAAGAAGUUCUACGAGGAUGUUACUCUUCGCCUGAUCAAGGAGAAGGGCGCCAAGCUGGCUGGUAUCAACCAGAUUGACAUCACCCGCGACGUUGGCAACCUUGCCCACGUCCACUUUGCCUCGGCCCUCUUCGGCCUGCCGCUGAAGACCGACGAGAACCCCCGCGGUCUCUUCACCGAGCACGAGAUGUACAUGAUCCUCACCACGAUCUACUCUGCUCUCUUCUUCGACGUGGACGCCACCAAGUCGUUCUCCCUGAACCGCGCUUCCACUGCCGUCUCUCAGCAGCUCGGCAACGUCGUGGAGGCCACCGUCAAGGCCGAUACCAACAGCGGCCUGCUGUCCGGCCUGAUGGAUAACUUCCGUCCUCACGACAACGCCCUCCGUGAGUACGGCACCGCCGCUCUCCGUCGUCUGGAGGAGUCUGGCCUCAGCGCUUCCCAGAUUACCUGGUCCCAGAUCAUUCCGACCAUCGUCGGUAUGGUCCCCAACCAGGGCCAGGUCUUCACCCAGAUCAUCGAGUACUACACCUCGCCCGAGGGCGAGAAGCACUGGGCCGAGAUCAACCGUCUCUCCAACGAGGACACCAAGGAGUCCGACGAGAAGCUGUACCGCUACUGCUUGGAGGCCAUCCGUAUCAACGGUACCUUCGGUGCUUACCGCGAGGCCCAGAAUGCCGUCACCGUCGAGGAGAACGGCAAGACCAUCGAGAUCCAGCCCGGUAGCAAGAUUUUCGCCUCCUUCGUCCAGGCCAACCACGACUCCAGCGUUUUCCCCGAGCCCAAAGAGGUUAACCUCGACCGCCCUAUUGACUCGUACAUCAACCACGGCCAGGGCCCCAGCACUGGCUUCGGCCAGGAGAUUACCAAGAUUGCCCUCGUCGCUAUGCUGCGCGUUGUCGGUCGUCUGGAGAACCUCCGCCGCGCUCUCGGUGCCCAGGGUCAGCUCAAGAAGGUUCCCCAGGAGGGCGGUUACUAUGUCUACCUCCGCCAGGAUGGUACCUCUUACUUCCCCUUCCCGAUGUCGCUCAAGCUCCACUGGGACGGCGAGUUCGACUUUGGCAAGACCCAGCCGGCGAAGAAGCACUAA